AUGAAUCACCGUGAGGAUCUCCUCGACAAACUGCGGAGUGCAGUUGUCCCUGAUAUCCGCGGUCUCCCAUCGUUAGACCAUGCUCUUUUCCUGAUUAAUGCGACCAAGUUUCGCAUGUUCCACCUAUUCGACGAGCCUCGGUUCAUGGCGAAACUCCAUCUGUUCUACAAUAUCUUGAAUCCCGCCACAGAUACCAUCUGGUUUAUCCAUUUCCUAGCCAUUAUGGCCCUUGGAAAGUCAUUUCUUGGGGAGAAAGGCUCUGGAACGACUCUGCCCGGUGCGGAGUACUUUACACGCGCCUUUGUAAUACUGCCGGACUAUAGCUUCCUGUGGAGGGACCCCUGCGCCGCUGCUGAGGUGCUGUACUCAAUGGCGUUAUAUCUCCAGUCCAUUGACUGGAGGACGUCUGCGCAUAACUCAAGAAAGCGGCGACCUCAAUUCAAUGUUCGUAAGAACUACUCAAGAGGUUCUACAGAAACUGGCAGAUGUCGCAUCAGAGCUGCGCGAGUACUUUCAAAGGUCCCCGAGCAGGAGUCUCUAAGCAGCAUUUCAUGGGUGUCUGGGUAUCUCAAUCUACUUUAUCAUCAGUGCAUAAUGCUCGCCACUCGGCCGUUCCUGUUUAGCCAUUUGGAGACAUGCGUUGUCCUGCGAAAUACGGGCGUAGCUGACCCCAUGCCCAUCCAGCUACUCCUCCAGACCUGCCUCGAGACCGCAAAGAAGACGGUCUUUAUACUUGAUGCGCUGCACCAGCAAACGUUGCUAAAGUGGUUCCUCCCGUUCGACCUUGAGAGCGCUGUCUCGGGCAGCCGGUCUGGUCACCACAAUGGCGACGGUGGUCUGUCCGUCGUUGGUGGAUAA